UUUUUGUUUUGUUUUCUUUUUUGUGGGAAAAAAUGGCGAUAUCUGUCGGUUGUGUGCGUUUGUAACAAUGCGGCCGGUAAUGUUGACGAGAAAUAGAAUUUCGUAUAAACUUGGAUCCCCUGGUCGUACGAUGACUAAGGUUCAGUAGUACCUGGCACAAACAACACAAAGUACGCAGUUUGGGAGGAUAUAGCACUGUUCUUACUACACCUCGAGCACUGCCGUAAAGCAGUUGGCACGCAAAUAAAGAUGGAGGUUGAAAUGGAAAAUUUCGAGAUCACAGACUGGGACAUUGAGAAUGAAUUCAACCCAGACAGGAUCAGACGAAGACCAACAAAAAACCAAAAGAUUUAUGGAAUCUGGGCGGACGAUGACAGUGAUGAUGGCCGACCGAGCUUUCGUUCGGAGAGGAAGAAAGACUUUAGUGCUCCAAUCAGCUUUGUAAGUGGUGGAAUUCGAGAGGUAGGGAAGAAGGAAGAGAAGAAAGAGGAAUCUGCUGAUGAACAAUCCUCCAGUGAAGACGAAAUCAAGCUUCCUGUGCGCUCAAAGAAAUCUGGAUUUUCUGGAGCUCGAGGACGUCAUACGGGCCAUCCUUCGUUCAGCGGCGAGGGACAGAACUUUGGACACUGGGAAAAACAUACGAAGGGUAUUGGAGCUAAGUUACUUCUUCAGAUGGGCUACAAGCCAGGCAAAGGCUUGGGGCGAGAUCUCCAAGGCAUCUCCGCACCCAUAGAGGCUAAGCUUCGGAAAGGAAAGGGUGCCAUUGGCCUCUACGGACCAGAGCACAAGACCGCACCGGCAUCAACACAGCCGUCCGCUGACGAUGCCGCACAGAAGGCUCAGCUGCACGACGCAAAUCAGUGGAAGAAACGCAAGGCAUGCGAAAAGAAAAUUAAAUACGUCUACAAGACAAUCGACGAAGUGAAGUCCGAAGGUGUCUACCGUAGGACAACGUCCGCGCCGCAGAGCAAGCUUAGCAAGGUCAAGGUUAUUGAUAUGACUGGACCAGAACAGAGGGUGCUUUCUGGCUACCAUGAGCUGCAUCAGCAACACACAAGGCCCGAAGAAGAGGAUGCGCCAGAUGUCGCACGCUCCAUUGGUGCAAAUUUUUCCGUACCUGAACUAAGUCACAAUUUAGACUUGUUGGUGGACAUGACGGAGCAGCGCAUCAUGCAGAACGAUCGUGAACUUAGACAUGAAAACGAUCGCUUAGUCAACAUGCAACAUGAGCUGGAACAGCUGGAGGAAACCACGCUUCACGAACAAAAUCAAGAGGCGCGGUUAAAGGCUGUUACGACCAUCUUGAAAGAGGUGGAAGAACGAACGAAGGAAGAUUGUGCAGAUCCAUUGACGUUAUCAGAAUGUGCAGAUCACUUCCGUUCUUUACUCGAGUCUUACUAUGAAGAGUACAAGAUGUUCGGACUAUCGGAUCUUGCCAUAACUGCUAUAUGCCCACUAUUUAAAAAGCACCUCGAGAAGUGGCAGCCACUAAAGAAGCCUUCUUUUGCGGUCAACGUGUUUAAAGAGUGGAAAGACAUUUUAGAAGGUAGUGACGGACUCAACCGUUCUUACGCGCACCACUGUGCUGGCAAUCCAGACCCUUACCACCACAUUGUCUGGGAAAGUUGGAUGCCUCUUGUACGACAAACUAUCCUGAGCUGGUCACCGAGAAACUGUGAUCCAGCGAUAGAAUUGCUGGAGACAUGGAUGCCCCUCCUCCCACCAUGGAUCUUUCACAAUGUACUGGACCAGUUUGUGCUUCCCAGGCUGCAGCAGGAAGUGGAGGCGUGGAACCCUCUGACCGAUACUGUACCCAUACAUUCUUGGUUGCACCCCUGGCUGCCGCUUAUGGGUUCUAGACUGGAACCUCUGUAUCCACCAAUCCGAAUGAAGCUUUCGAAUGCGUUGACCAACUGGCAUCCUUCGGAUGGGUCAGCCAAACUUAUUUUGGAGCCCUGGAGAAGGGUCUUUUCAGGGGGAACGCUGGAGGCUUUUGUGGUGGCAAAUAUUCUUCCUAAGCUAGCCGUUGCUCUGCAAGGGAUGGUCAUCAACCCUCAUCACCAAAUUCUUGAUGUGUGGCACUGGGUGAUGGCGUGGGAAGACAUGUGCCCUCCAUCCAGCAUGGCAACGCUCAUGGAAAAGACUUUUUUCCCCCAGUGGCUACAAGUGCUGUGUACAUGGCUUCAGCAUAAUCCAAAUUACGAAGAAGUCUCAAAAUGGUACCUCGGUUGGAAAUCUCUGUUCUCCGAAGCACUUCUGGCAGAACCAGCUAUUCGGGAACAAUUCAAGGCUGCCCUAGACAUCAUGAACCGUGCAGUAUCGGGUGCGGCCCCAGUGCCAAUGGGUUAUCCAGCACCACCUCACCAGAUACCGCCUGUCCCGGAGGUGAACUUCAAUCAGAACAGAAGAGACUAUGAGGCAAUGCCAGCAGUACGCAGUGCACCCUCAUUUGCAAACAUUCACAUGAGUUUCAAGGAGCUUAUAGAGCAGAAGGCUCAAGAAAAGAACCUACUGUUCAUGCCCAUUCCAAACCGGUUCCAAGAGGCCAAGCAGGUGUACAGAUUGGGUCGAAUUAUGCUCUAUAUCGACAGGAGCGUAAUCUUCAUGUUCAAUGGCAAGAUCUGGGUGCCAACAUCCAUGCAAAGUCUGUUGGACAUGGCUGGGUGACAAUGUGCAUAAGCCUCAUUUCACAUACUGGGUUGUAAAUAAAUCACUUUCUGUAGUCA